AGAUGCUAUUGUUGUAAAUACUGCAGUCCUCAUAUAUUUUCACUUUUGUCUUUUUCUUCCCCUAACUCAACAAAAUAUCAUCCACACAUGCUAAACAAAUUAACAGAGAAAUAAAGCAGAAAAAAUUGAACAGAGAGAAACCAAUUAUUCCCAUGGCACAAAUAUUAACACAAAUAUUAUUUCAAGAACCAAGUCCAAUCUUCAUCAAAGUCAUGAUAGUGAUGAAUCUAAUAAUAUCUGCAAUAUUGGGUAUUUCAGAAGCCACUGGCAAACAGAAUCUUGAGUAUUCAAAGUUCUGGAAUGUGAAUAAUCAGAAGCAAGCCAAAGCUAAAAUCCCAAGCAAAGUGGGGAUGAUUUUUGCUUAUAGUCCCAGUUUAAUAGCAUGUUUAAGCUUCUUUUGGAUCUUCCCAACUGGUGGAAUCCGAUUUUUCUUGCUCAAUUCUGCCAUGACCAUUCAUUUCUUCAAAAGAGUUCUUGAGGUUCUGUUUGUGCACAAAUACAGUGGUUCCAUGGCAUUGAAAUCUGCAGUUACUAUUUCCACAAGCUACUUCAUAGCCUCUUCAAGCUUGAUAUAUAUUCAACACUUGACUAAAGGAUCAACAGAGCCAAUAAUUGACUUGAAAUAUCUUGGUUCUAUUGUAUUUUUAGUGGGAAUUAUUGGCAAUUUUUACCACCAUUUUCUCCUUUCUAAGAUGAGGAAAAAGGGUGAAAGUGGCUAUAAAAUUCCCAAAGGUGGCCUCUUUAGCUUAGUUAUAUGUCCCCACUACCUUUUUGAGAUUGUCACAUUUCUUGGUUUUUCUCUUAUUAGCCAAACUUUGUUUUCUUUUUCUUCUACCAUAGGGACAGUAUUUUAUUUGAUGGGAAGGAGUUAUGCCACCAGGAAAUGGUACCUUUCCAAAUUUGAAGAUUUCCCUAGAAGCGUUAAGGCUUUAAUACCUUUUAUAUUUUAAAUGAAUUUGUGUAUAUCAGAGCUGCUAUGAGCCUAUGAUUAUUGUUAAAAUAGCCGGCAGGAUUCAUUGUUUACUUUUUUUAGCUGAUAUACAUAGAUCUGAAGUCAAGCUCAACCAAGCUUUGCUACAGUUUGAGCUUCUAUAA